AAGGCGUUUUAUCUCCCAGCGCUGCUCUCUAGACUUUUUAGAAGACAUAGUGGAAUAUGCCAGUGUACGAAGAACCAAGCAUAUAUCUGGGUCUCCAAGACACAAAAGUUUGAAGAAGAUGCACUUCAUCAAGAACAUGAGGCAGUAUGACACCAAGAACAGCAGGAUAGUGUUAAUCUGUGCUAAACGAACACUGUGUGUGGCUUUUUCUAUCCUACCUUACGGGGAGAGUUUACGGAUCAGUGAUCUAAAAAUGGAAGGACAGAAGCAGCGACACCCUUCUGGGGGAGUUUCAGUCUCCACUGAGAUGGUGCUUGGACUGGAAGGAGUAGAGCUGGGUGCUGAUGGCAAGGUUGUGUCCUAUGCAAAAUUCUUGUAUCCAACCAAUGCCCUGGUUGUUCGCAAAGCUGACAGCCAUAGUGCUGUUCCCUCGUGUCGAGCUAGUGCUUCACGGAGUCUUCCUGGAUCAAGAUAUAAACCUGUGACAGCAAAAACAGUACCAGCAGGAACAGACGUUGGAAGUGAAGCUGGGGAGGCCGCAGAGUAUGAUCCAAAUAUUCUGGAUGAUCCUCAAUGGCCCUGUGGAAAACAUAAACGUGUUCUCAUCUUUGCCUCUUACAUGACUACAGUCAUAGAAUAUGUGAAACCCUCGGACCUUAAAAAGGAUAUGAAUGAAACCUUUAGAGAGAAGUUUCCUCAUAUCAAGUUGACACUGAGCAAAAUUAGGAGUUUAAAGAGAGAGAUGCGGAACCUGAGCGAAGAGUGCAGUCUGGAGCCAGUUACUGUCUCCAUGGCUUAUGUUUACUUUGAGAAGCUCGUCCUCCAAGGCAAACUCAACAAACAGAACCGCAAACUGUGUGCCGGUGCUUGCGUUCUGCUUGCAGCCAAGAUCAGCAGUGAUCUCAGGAAACAUGAAGUUAAACACCUUAUAGACAAACUAGAAGAGAGAUUCAGAUUCAACAGAAGAGAUCUCAUUGGUUUUGAAUUCACCGUCCUUGUAGCUUUGGAACUGGCUCUCUAUCUUCCUGAAAACCAAGUUUUACCUCAUUACAGACGGCUCACGCAACAGUCUUAACCAAAGCUACGCUCCAGCUGACAUCCAGCGGCGCUGGGGAUCGCAUCACUGAACGCUGCUGGUGAAGUUGCCGCCGGCCUUUCUGUGCCGCUGUGUGCAUCCUGCCAUGGCUACAGCUAGUUUUGAAGGCUGCGGGGUGUUAUUAAACUGUCGAGGUGUGCAUUACAGACACGUAUGCCAAGUCUGGGGGAUGGUACGAGAAGAGUUAUUGAACUUUUAUUUUCUUUUGGACAUUUAAAGCACAAAUAUUCACCAGUCAGCUGUCAUGGCUGCUUAUUAUUCCUUAUUUAUCUUUUUGGUUUUACUAAAACUGUUCUUCCCUAUGAAGAAUACUAUGGUAUUGUUGUUUUUUUUUUUAAGCCUUUAUUGUAUUCCUUGAAACUAAAGGAAGCAUCACUUCCAUUCCAGUGCACC